CUACGAACUGUGCUAUGUUUUGUUUAUAUUUGAUAUUUUGUUGUUUUAAUCAAUUUUAAUUAUUUAAUUUAAAUCUGCUGUGCUAUAAUAGUCACUGAUAUUAAAAUGUUUACUACCCAUCUGAUAUCAAGAAUUACUAGUUGUGCUUUUAGUUCUAUAAAAAUCGUAGAGCAUAAAUUAAUAGUGACAUGUACCUUUAUCCCUGUUCGAGAUAAGCACGGUAUCCGUAAACAAAGAGGAAUUUAUGAUAAUUAUUGGGUGCCGAAGAAGCGAAAAUAUACUGAUGAUAAAAUUACAUCUGAAAAUAGAGAUUUCCUUCAAGAAGUUAUCAGCGAAAGGUUUUUAAAACCUGGAGAAAGCCCAUUAAAGAACCAAGUUGAAAAUGAAAGAGCUAAAUGGACUCCAAAUUCUGUAAGAACAGGACUUAUAGCCAGGAAAAUAGGAAUCUACCCUAUGUGGACAAAGGAUGGUAAAAGAAUUUUGACAACACUGUUACAGGUGGUAGACAACCAUGUCAUUAGAUAUAACCCACCUGAAAUAUUUUCACAAUCUAAAUAUUCUAAUGUUUAUCUCAAAGACAAAUCAAAAGUUUUGGGAAGUUUAGUUGUUGGAGCAGAAAGUGCCGAUCCUCAGCUGUUUACUGCUGCUUAUAAUGGACUUUUUGCUGAAUCUGGAGUAAUGCCGAAAAAGAGGUUGACGUAUUUCCGAAUAACUCCUGAUGCAAAGAUAGAACCUGGUACUCCAUUAUUUGCUAAUCAUUUCAGAGUUGGAGACUAUGUUAACAUAAGAGGUAUCACGAGAUAUCAUGGUUUCCAAGGUGUUAUGAAGAGAUGGGGCUUUAAAGGUGGACCUGCUACACAUGGAUGCACAAAAAGUCAUCGCAGGCCAGGUUGUAUUGGAGGAGGGCGCAAGCGAGGUGUCUGGAAAGGAAAGAAAAUGCCUGGAUUGAUGGGUGGAUACAGAAGGCUUAUGGCAGGACUGAAGAUUUGGAGGAUCAAUACAAAGUAUAAUGUCAUCUAUGUCCAAGGACGAGCUGUACCAGGUGUUACCAAUAAUUAUUGUUACAUAUAUGAUUGCUACAAAGAGAAGAAGCGUCACACAGAAGAUAAUCCUCCUCCAUUUCCAACUUAUUAUCCAGAAGAUUCUGCUGGACUACUUCCAGAAGACAUAUUUGAUGAAAAAUUGCAUAAUUUUUCUGAUCCUUCUAUUAUAGUUGAAGAGACUGAGUCAAAUAAUGCGACUAUUGUUAGAAAGUAAAGAAGAAAAUCUGGAAACCAAAAGUUUGGCCAAAGGAUAUGAUGCUGUUUCUAAUUUGGUAACUGUGGGUCGAAAUGGAAUUCCAAUUUUUUCGACUUUGGGAAGAGCAUAUAACCUAGCACAGUUAACAACAGGUGAAGUGAGUGACUUUUUAAACUGAAUUGGGAUGAUAUGAGAAGACUGAACUCGCAUUUUUACUUUUGUGAGAUUAGAAAUUGAAGGAUUAAUGAUCGAGCAGUAUGGGCCUUCAUUUAAUCAGUUUCAAGACUUCAAUAUAUGUGUAUUUGUCCAUAAAAAUGAUCUGUGCCCUCUUACUGGCAUUAAAAAAUAUAUAAUGUUA